AUGUCAGCUGUCAGUAGCUGCCUUGCUCUUUCUCUGUGUAGAUCUAAGAGCCCAAUGGAGAAUUUUGAAGAAAAUAAUCAAAGUAAAGAUAAAUUAUUAGAGCCUCCGCCCUUGGGUAAUUCUUACAUAGAGGACGAAGAUGUAAAAUCUUCUAUCAAGCCACGGUUUUCUCCCCUACCAAGGCGGAGAAGUUCUGUGUCAUCAGAUGAAGGAGACUUGGAACCACCAACAACAGUUGCAAGAAAAGUGUCCUUUGCAGAUGCUUUUGGUUUUGAUCUUGUGUGUGUUAAAGAGUUUGAUACAUGGGAGGUGCCGAUUGUAUCACAAAUCCUUAACUAUGAGUUGGAAACACACUACAUUGAGGAAUUCUAUUUAACAGCCAGCUUUGCAUUGCCAUCAGCUGAUGACAUUUUGGGUAAACUCCAUACAAAAAAGGUAUUGUUGGAAUCAAUUGACUUGGCACCAGGCACAAGUUGUAUGAAAGGAAUUAUUCGAGUUCUGAAUGUGUCUUAUGAAAAGCAAAUAUAUGUGCGAAUAUCAGUGGACGACUGGCAAAGUUACUAUGAUAUGACAGCUGAGUAUAUUCCUUACUCCUUCAAUGGUGAUACUGAUCAAUUUGCCUUCACAAUUUCUUUGGUUGCUCCUUAUCAGAAAGAAGGUGCGUCAGUGCAGUUUUGCAUUUGCUAUGAAACACCCAUUGGUACAUUUUGGGAUAACAAUGAUGGGGAAAAUUAUACCCUCGUCUGCCAUAAGAAAGAAUAUGCUGUAGAAAAAGAUCAUGCGUCUGAAGAUCUUGCAGAGAAAUUCAAGAAAAGCUGUUUAAAGUCAACACCAAGUAAAGAAGAAGAUGACCUGGAUGAAUCUGAAGAAAAAUAUUCUAGAUCAACAGAUAAUUACAUCCCUAGAAUUAUUUGUUCACAUGAUGACAAUAGUGAAGAUAAUAACAAUGAAGAAGAUAAUUCUCAAGAAAAGAACAAGAAAGGAGAUGAUGAUUUAGAAAUCCUUCUGAAUCGGAACCUUAUGAAAGCCAGAACUAUUUCUACUGAAGAUAAUAAAACCCUGAUUUUUGAAGAACAAAGUUUGCUAAAUACAAUGCAAACAUGUGAAUCAUUGGAAUGUCUUAAAGAUAGCAGCAUAGACAUCUUUAAAAAAUGUAAUAACAACAUGUCUGCAAAAGAAUCAAAAGAAUUUAAUAAGAAUGAGGAGUGUCCUACCUUAAAGGAUUCCUCAGAAACACUGGUAGCUGAAAAUAUGAAAUCUACAUCAUGCACUGAACAGCAUUUGCAGGAAACUGGGAUUUCUUUACAAGAAAACUUGCCUCAAAAUGGAGGACAUCGGAAACGAAAAAAGGGACAAACAGGCUCACAAGAUGAAACAAAUGCUGAAAAAUGGUCUCUUGUUACCAACAGAAAGCGAGAGCCUUACAACUUUAUAGAAUCUAACCUUUCUCCUAAAACUGAAUCAAUUCAGUUAAUAGAAAAUCUGGAUGACAACGCAAACCCAAAUGACAGUGAUAAUAUAGUUGAUGCCUCAUAUUUUUCAGUAAAUAAUAAUGAGGAGGAGGAUGAUAAGAAUGAAGGAUGGAUAAGGAGGAAGAUAAGAAUGAAGGAUGAAAACAAUCAGUUUCAUGAAAACAAAAAUAUCGAUAGAUGGUCAUUUGAUAAAGCUGAGUCUUCUCAGUUAGAGCAUGAUUAUUCUACCAUCUCCUUAAAUCAGAAAUAUAUAGCUUCAGUGGGAAGUGAAGAUCCUGAAAAAAAAGAUGAGCAGAGUUUUUUAAAAUUACCAGAUGCUGAACAUGAACGACCAUUCCUUGAUGUCGACAAUGACUGUAAGAUAUUUAAAAAGACGCUUCCUGCAGAAAAUCUUACCAUUUCAGAACAUACAGUGCCUACGUUAGAUUUUUCUAGUAAUGCUUGUCUAGAUAAUCUAUGCCAAAUAAAAGGCAUCAAUGAUGAAAAAACAAGUGAAGCCAUAAGCACAACUACAUUCUAUUCCCCAUGUGAUAGCACAUCCAACCAAGGUUCUUUGGAUGUUCUAUUUGAAAACAAAACAUCUAAGAGGGAAAUGCAUCCACACACAAAUGACUCUCAAACUGUAGAUUUACAGAUCCCUGAAAAAAGUUAUAUUUCUACUUUCAAUCUUAGUCCAAAUCCUGUCCAUUCUGAUCACCAACAUGAUAAAACAUGUUUUUUUUGCGAAGAAAAAAGUGAAGAAUCCCAUUCUUUUGAACGUCCCAUGAUUACAGGUAAUGCACCACUAACAUCCAACCAUCAAGAUUAUAUCAAAGACAAAGCUAUAGUUGUGGAUACAACUGAUUUAAAACUUUGUAAAAAAAACAAAGAUAUAACAGAUUGCCCAGUCCACACAACAGAUACAACAGAGAAUCAACUUGCCAUGGGAGAGAAAGUGAUAGUUGCUUUGGUAACUGAAGAGACAGGUGAAAGUGAAAUAUGUAUGCCAGGAAGGGAUCAAACAAAUGUGUCUUAUAUAGAUGUAUGUACUGCAGUAAAUAAAAAUAUAGUAGACCACUCAGAUACUAAAGUUGGGGUGGAAUCACAAUCGGAAAAGUUCAGUUAUAACUUAAACAAAAGUCAGGGUGGUAGAAGCAAAGAAAUAACAAGUGAAGAGAUAACAAAUACUGCUUUGAAAGAUAUGAAAGUUCUUGCUAGUGUAGGAAGAGAUUGUGAUAAUGGACAGAUGCAGAGGACAAUAGCAUCCAAAACGCCUGGUGCAGAUGCAAUUUAUAUGGGUGCUUAUAAUGUUUUCAAAGACCAAUUUAAAAGUCGGCUUGAUGAUUUCUCAAAUAACCUAACAACAGUACAUGAGAGUGAUUCCCAAAUGACAGAUUACUCAGACACUGACUCUAGUAACAGUUUAUGUGCGGAACUCUCAGGGGAUUUCAGUAAGUUAGUUAAAGAACAAGGUGAUACUAGUGAUAAUAGCAUUAGCAGUGGUAGUACAACUGACAUGUCUGCAAUGCUUAAAGCGCAAGUAAACACGGAACAGAAUUCUUUAAGGCCGUCCAUAUUAAUAAGUGAACCAGAUGAUGAAUUAGAAGAAUGGUGCAUUGAAGAUGAAAAGAAGAGUGAACCUGAAGACAUAAAGCAGUGUUACUAUUAUAGUAAAACAAAUCACCAAGCACAAACUAGUGACCAUGGCACUGAAGAUGUGUCUAUAUCAAGUGACCCUUUGAAUUUCAGCAAAACAAGCUCAAAAGUAAUUUGCUCUGUAAUGUUUGUUGUGUUUUCUGGUUUAAUGUACCAUUAUGAUUUUUUGGUUUGUUUUGCCCUCUACCUUUUUUCAUUAUACUGGUUAUACUGGGAAGGUGAUGGCAAUAAAAAGUCUGUUAGGAAAGAGUAACCUACUAUAGUUCAUAUGUAUUGGCUUGAAAAAUACACUGUACAUUGAAACUACAAUAUUGCUGGACUUUUUGGACAAUUAUUAUUCAAAAUUAUAUUUUUCUUCUUUAUGUAAUUUUUGGAAAAGGACCAUACAGAGACAGUCGUAACUAGUUACAGAUUUAUGUCCUACAGCAAAACAAGAAAAAUAGGGGACAGUUGUUUUUGUUGCAUCAUUUUUUUUUUUUUUGGAAUAUUUUACCUAUAUGUUUAGUUUAUUAUGCGCAUUCUGUAAGAAAAUAUUGGCAUUAUUUGUAUUAAAUGUUUUAAUGUAGGAGAGUGUGUUUUACAAGUUUCAUUUACUGUACUUAGACCUUUAAUUUUGUGCUGUAAAGCUACUUUAAAAAGAUAAUGUUUUGUUCUUUGUACACUUAGGGGGUUAUUUAAUAAGCUCCGAAUAUCCAAAAUUACCCGAAACCCGAAAAAUUUUAGAUUUUUUUUUAUAAAAUCGGACUUUUACUUUUUUUUCCAGAAUUUAUUAAACCCGAGGGCUAAA